AUGGGAGAAAAGCUGGAGCUCAAGCUCAAGUCGCCGGUUGGAGCAGAACCCGCUGGGUAUCCGUGGCCGUUACCAGUAUACGAUAAACACCAUGAUGCUGCUCAUGAAAUCAUCGAGACCAUUCGGUGGGUGUGUGAGGAAAUCCCAGACCUCAAACUGGCAAUGGAAAACUAUGUUCUCAUUGAUUAUGACACCAAAAGCUUUGAGAGUAUGCAGAGACUUUGUGACAAGUACAACAGGGCCAUUGACAGCAUCCACCAGCUGUGGAAAGGCACCACCCAGCCCAUGAAGCUAAACAAGCGUCCCUCCAACGGGCUGCUGAGACACAUCCUGCAGCAGGUGUACAACCACUCAGUGACCGACCCCGAGAAGCUCAACAACUACGAGCCCUUUUCCCCCGAGGUCUACGGAGAGACGUCCUUCGACCUGGUGGCUCAGAUCAUCGACGAGAUGGAGAUGAUGGAGGAGGACACGUUUGUUGACCUUGGGAGUGGGGUGGGCCAGGUGGUGCUGCAAGUUGCCGCGGCAACCAACUGUAAACACUACUACGGAGUAGAGAAAGCAGACAUUCCAGCCACCUAUGCAGAGACCAUGGAUAAAGAGUUUAAAAAAUGGAUGAAGUGGUAUGGAAAGAAACAUGGGGAGUACACACUGGAGAGAGGGGAUUUCCUGUCAGAAGAAUGGAAAGAAAGGAUCGCCAACACAAGUAUUAUUUUUGUGAAUAACUUUGCCUUUGGUCCAGAGGUAGAUCACCAGCUGAAGGAGCGCUUCGCUAACAUGAAGGAAGGAGGGAAAAUCGUGUCCUCCAAACCUUUUGCACCUUUAAAUUUUCGAAUCAACAGUCGAAACUUGAGUGAUAUUGGCACAAUAAUGCGUGUGGUGGAGCUCUCUCCACUGAGGGGCUCAGUAUCCUGGACUGGAAAGCCCGUUUCCUACUACUUGCAUACCAUAGACCGCACCAUACUUGAAAACUACUUUGCUAGUCUCAAAAAUCCUAAACUCAGGGAGGAGCAAGAGGCAGCUAGGCGGCGCCAGCAGAAGGACACCAAGGACAGUAAAAGCAAUAACACCACUCCCACAAAGCCCAAGGAGCAACACAAGGACUCCUGUGGGGAGGAGGAGCGUCCCAGUCUGCUGGCGGUGGUGAAGCCCUCCGCUAAGCCGCGCAGAGCCCGGCUUCUGGCCAAAGGCCGCAAGCUGAACAACAAGAAGCGCGGCCGUCCCAAGAAGGCCGCCGCGCCCGCCGAGAAGAACAAGAAGAACCAGAGCGCUCUGGACCUGCUGCACGCCAAGACCCUCUCCGCAGCGCCCCCUCAGGAUGCUUACCGGCCACCUCAGAGUCCUUUCUACCAGCUACCUCCGAAGGUCCAGCACUAUUCGCCUAGUCAACUGCUGCUGAGCCCGACUCCUCCCGGUCUGCAACAGCUGCUCGACAACAUCAAAGUCCAGUACCUCCAGUUCAUGGCCUACAUGAAGACUCCUCAGUACCGCUCCGGCCUGCAGCAGCUUUUAGAGCAGGAGAAGCAAAAACACAGAGACCUGUCGGGGCAGGCGGAGCAGCUCCACUCGGUCUGUCAGUCACACAAGGACAGGAUCAAAGGUCUCUUUCAGACCAAGCUGGAUGAGCUAGGAGUAAAGGCCCUGACCGUUGAAGACCUCCUUCAGGCCCAGAAGGAGAUAUCGGCCCACAACCGGCAGCUGAAGGAGCAGACUAAGCAGCUGGAGAGAGACAUGGCUCUGCUCAGAGACCACAGCCUGCUCCUGCUCAAGUCCCGAUGUGAGGAGCUGAAACUGGACUGGGGAUCCCUGUGCCUGGAGAGUUUGCUGAAGGAGAAGCAGGCACUUCGCAGACAGAUCUCUGAAAAGCAGAAACACUGCCUAGAGCUCCAGCAGACCUAG